UAUGUCAAAGGACAAGAUUGUCCAGAAGAGCAGAGGUGGUGACGGGCGCACUCACCUGGCUCUUCGACCUGCAACUCUCUGAGUUUCGCUCCUCAGCAUAACGAGAUCGCCAGUCUGCGCGUCAUCUAGUCCCUCAAGACUGGAGCAGGGAUAACGGGCCGCAAUUCUUCGCCAAAUACCGCAGAAUCACUGGUUUCGGAGACCAUGUCUGCGGCAUCCUGCAACAACUGCACCUUCCAGGACACACAGUUCCUGGCAGGAUCUUGCGGCGCCACGUUCACACUCUUUAUGGGUCUAGUCGAGUACCUUGUGAGCUCAAAGGAUGACAUUGCCGAUGCAUGCAACCGUCCGGGUCGAGAAAGCGUGAAGGGGAUGGAGACUGCCGAAUACGACUUCGUGGUGGUUGGUGCUGGAAUUGCUGGUUCAGUGGUGGCAUCUCGUCUCAGCGAAAACCCGGACUGGAAAGUGUUACUGAUCGAAGCGGGUCCCGAGGAGCCCACAGCCACUUCGGUGCCUGCCUUCGCAGUGAGCGCCGUGGGGUCGGAACUCGACUGGAAGUAUCAGACGCAGCCAGAGGGCAUGGCCUGUCUUGUCACUGGUGGCAUCUGCAACUGGCCCAGAGGGAAGAUGGUUUCCGGAACUGGAGGCAUGCAAGGAAUGAUGUACACACGAGGCAAUCCCAAGGUAUACAACGAAUGGGCUAAAUUCGGAAACGACGGUUGGCGUUACGAGGACGUUCUGCCUUACUUCAUCAAAGCAGAGAAGAAUAAGAAUCUCGAGCUGGUGGAGGAACGUUAUCAUGGAACUGAGGGUCCGCUUGUGGUGCAACAUUUCCCGUAUCGUCCCCCUCUUUCUGAAGCCAUAGUUGAAGCAGGAAAAGAACUUGGCUACAGAACUGGAGACUUAAACGGCGCGAAUCAGACAGGAAUCGCUAUAGCUCAGAUGAUGGUUGAUAAUGGCCUAAGAGGAAGCACCUCGAGGAUGUACCUGAGGAAAGCCGGAGCGCGGGAUAAUCUAGACGUCCUUAUCAACUCCCACGUCACCCAAAUUCUCAUCGAUAAGAAAACGAACCUCGCCACAGGAGUGGAAUUUAUACAAAAGGACGGCGUUAAGAAGAUUGUGCGUGCCAAGAAAGAGGUUAUAUUGUCCGGUGGUGCCAUAGGAUCCCCCCAAAUUCUCCUCCUUUCUGGUGUUGGUCCGAGUGAAGAUUUGGAAGAACUUGGUAUCGAAGUCGUACAGGAUCUACCUGUAGGUCGGAACCUUCAUAACCACGUGUCGGCAAGUGUGGGCUUCUAUAUCAACGACACGAGUUACGAGACGCUUACUACAAAAGUCUUGCAAGAAUACCUGGACACACACACAGGACCUCUGUCUGCAACCGGAAUAACGCAGACAACAGCAUUCUUACUGUCCAAAUACGCAAGCGACGGCGUUCCCGAUAUUCAAGUAUUCUUCGACGGCUUCAUGGCUACAUGUUCAAGAACAGGUUUGGCUGAGGAAUGUACCAAUGGCGAAAUUGGUGAUUGUGGGAGACGAUAUAUCACCGCGCGUCCCACGAACAUACUGCCAAAGAGCAGGGGUUACCUCAAACUUCGAAGCACUAAUCCAAAGGAUCACCCUCUCAUAUUCCCCAAUUACUUUUCUGCCAUGCGAGAUGGAGAAGUAUUGAUUGAAGGAAUUAAACUUGUCAUUCAGUUAACCGAGACAGAAAGUUUGCAAGGGUGGGGAGCCGAGUUGGACAAGAAGCCUGCUGAAGGAUGUGAAGGGCCACCGUUUGGAUCCGACGAAUACUGGCAGUGUGUUAUACAUAGGCACACAGGACCCGAAAAUCACCAGGCAGGGUCUUGCAAGAUGGGACCGGCCGGAGAUCCCACUGCUGUUGUAGACCCUCAGCUGAGGGUUCAUGGAGUUCGAAACAUACGCGUGAUAGAUGCAUCAAUCUUCCCAUACGUCCCUAACUGCAACACUAUCGCAGUCGUCGUUAUGGUAGCAGAAAAAGGUUCCGACAUGCUUAAGAAUACCUGGCAGUCUUCAGAUAAAGCCGAUAACGCGUGUCACAAAUUUGGUAUUUGUCAGCAAUGUGACAUGAAUUCAAAACCGACAGUAUCUCGUUCCGUAUUGCAACAGUAAGUAACUCUUUAUACAAGCUAGAAGGCCAGAAAAAGCACAUUAUUUAACAUAUGAACGACGGAAGACGUCUAAUUGCCUUUAAACAUAAUCAUGUGCAAAACGAACAGUCAACUCAAAAACUUCAACGUACAAUGCAUAAAAGUGAAGAAAGAUCAAUCAGACAAAUGUGCAACAAGGACUUAAAAUCGCAUACAUUUCUUUAUUUUAGAUGCAUUUACACCAUCAAAAGCUUUACGUCACUGUUUGGAUACAAUCUGUUGUGUGAAUACUAGACAAUUUCAACUCAAAAUGACUGAGAAUUUCAGUCUACAAAACAGAAAGGCGUCACUACUGAGCAACUCGGCCAGUAUUCCACCUUGUAUAAUGAAUAAGGGUUGGGCCCCCUUGCACCGAGAGUACAGUGGUCUAUUGUGCUUAGUAUUUCACCUUACUAACAGAUACCUUCUGGACAGGACGUAUAAACUAUUCUGGUGGACGGUUGACUCAAACCGUCUUUAAUUAACGCAAGCUGAAGACUCGCUGUUUGAAGAAUAUUUAUAGCAUGACAAUCAUCCUAGUAAGUUAUUUGAGGACUCUGUGUCAACUACACAGGUUACACACUGUCCUGACAGACUCUAAGCCAAUGAAACUCCGAUAGAUAGGCUAUUUCUCUUAUAUAUCAGUCUGUCCGCCAUUUUACUAUGACGUAUCACAUGUAAGAGGCGUAAAUCAUUUGAUGGUACAAUUUUAUGUCACUGAUCAUCCAACCACUGAUAUAGUAUGAUACUGUAAUUAUAAAAUAUUUAAACACAAAUUUAAUACUUUCAGAUGCAAUGAAGCAUAAAGCAAAAAAGAAAUAUUUUACAAAGGAUAUAGUGAGGUUAAUAUUUUGUUUCUCCAAAUUUGGCAUGACAACUGAGAACAUGAAAGCAACGAUAAAAAUAUUCCUCACAUAAACCACCAAUUAAACUCCUUUUAAUAAAAUUUAUCCUAUUAAAUGCAAAAACGGAAAAUCUGAUAAUUUAGAGAAGGCUUCGUGUAACAUCAGAGACAAAAUAACGGCUAGUAAUUUCAAAAUUAAUUCAAGUGCCAUAAUUUAGUUUCAGCAACUGGUUUAAUCAAGUCGCAAUCUCAUGUUUGGCAUUUACUUCAAAUAAUUGGCAAUGGAAUGCGGAUAAGACUGAUUCUUAUUGGUUAAACGUUCUGGAAACAGUAAAUACAGCUGUACAUUUUAAAUCCUAUUGCUGUUCGCAGUCUGAUAUGAAAAAUAACUGUGAUUUUGGCAAUUAUAUUCCAUAAUCUUACAGCCAUACGCAACAAAAAUCCUAGAACGGGUAGCAAUGUAGGUUCUUUAGUGGAAGUCUGUUUCGUAACAGGAUACAUAAACAUUACAGCCUAGUUCUGUCGGGUGUUACGAGAUUUCUGACCGGGGAUCGAACAAUACAACAUUAGGAAAGAAAAAGAGGAAAACGCUGCAAAAUAGAGAAGAAGAUAGAAGGAACAGAGCACUUGCCUGAGUUUGGGCACUGAGGCACAAGCACAAGAAAGGAGGGAAGACUGAAAUUUUCAACCAUACUGUAAACUUCUUCAACAGAACAUGGUAAGCAUAUAUGGUUACCAAACAUGGUAAGCACGUGUGCUUACCAUGUUACCCUGUUGACGAAGUUAACAGUGUGGAUGAAGAUGUCAGUUUUCUUUCCUUUCGUGUGCUUGUGUCUCUGGGCUCUCACUCGGGUUAAGUGCCCUGGUCCUCCUAUCAUUCAACUAUUUCGGACACCUUCAAUGUUUCCGUUUAGAGGACGUUAUGAUUCUACCAAGAGGACGUGCGUUCAGACACCCGAAUCUUUACAGGCACUGCUAUAUACGUAUUUAAGUAUUACUGAUUUAUUCCGGUCUAGAAAGCCGAAAUUACAGGCCAUGAAAAUUCGUUGCGCUGACCACGCGACGCCAUCUAUCCGUUGACGUUGGCACUAACUUCGCCGACAAGCGGCGCUGGCUCGGUCGGUAUAGUUCGCUUGCGGUAUAUACCCAUGGAGUCUUUUUUAUUACUGAUUUAUAGCCUGGCUAUUUCCAACGCCCCAAAUUUAAUCGCAGCCUUAAACCUUAACUAGCCGAAGCACUACAUAGAUUUUUAGGCGAACUCUUUAGUUUAAAUCAACCAAAUGGAGUAAUAUUUCUCAGUUUAUCAAAAUAUAACUAAACGAAAUAAAACCUAAGUAUCAAAUUAAAUAUCUAAAAAUUAUUACAGAACGUAUGAGCAGAUAAAUUACAUUUGUGGUCCCAUAAGCAAUGAAAAUAAUCUUCAAGGAGUGUAUCCUGUUGUGUUAACUUAUAAUUUAAUUAUUGUUUUUCCGUAUCAACACAAGUAUCAAACACUCAUUAACAUUUACAGUGCAUAACGAGAUUUCAAAGGAACUUUCCCCCCACAAAAAAAAAAUACUGAAAGACGUAAAACAGCCGUCAAAGUAUGGCUAAAUUAGAAACAUGCCUAUUACAUUCUAACCAAGUGAUGUUACACCGAAUGAAGGAACAGACUUAAUCAGAUUUUCACACAUCACAAAAUCUGCUAUUUAUCGCAUAAGUUAUUACCAGUAAUACAUUGUAGUAACCCUAAGAACAUCUAAUUUUAAGAUAUACAUAUCUAUAAUGAAGAUAGCACCCUGUGAACCACGAUUUUCUGCUAGGUGAGCAAUGUUAAAGAUCUUAUUAACAUUCCUGUGUAUCACAGAAUGAUUAUGAUAUUGUAUUUUUGUAAUAAUAUUUUUUAUACUACUCCUACAUAUGAAUCAGUUGUUAUGAUUCUAUUUCUCAUAGGGAGGGUAGUGAAUGCUAUUUAAAUAUUUAUACCUCACAACCCAUCGCCGCGGUUAGAGUAAGUAGAAAUCAUACUCACAU